AUGCAUGUGCAGGGGAAACAUUUCUCAGGUGCGAUUGAGUUAAAGGAAAACAAAAGCCGAAUGAAGCGGAUGCUGGAAAUCCGAAUGGAAAAAGCAACAACAGCAGCAGCAGCAAAAGCAGCAGCACCAGCAGCAGAAAAACCAACAGCACCAGCAGCAGGAACAGCAGCAACAGUUGCAGCAGCAACAUUAGCAGCACCAGCAACAGCAGCAGCAGCAACACCAGCACCCGCACCAACAUCAGCAACAGCAGCAGCACCAGCAACAGCAACAGAAGAACAGCAACACCAGCAACAGCAACAGCAGCAGCAUCAGCACCAGCAGCAGAAAAACCAGCAGCACCAGCAGCAGGAACAGCAGCAACAGUUGCAGCAGCAAAAUCAGCAGCACCAGCAACAGCAGCAACAGCAGCAGCAGCAACAACAGCAACAACAGCAGCAGCAGCACCAACAACAGCAGCAACAGCAGCAGCAGCAGCCACAUCACCAGAAACAGCAGCAGAAGCCACAGCAGCAGCAGCAACAGCAGCCACGGCAACAGCAGCAGCAGCAGCAACAACACCCGCAACAACAGCAACAGCACCAGCAGCAACAACAGCAGCACCAGCGGCACCAACACCAGCAGCAACAGCAGCAACAGCCACAACACCAGCAGCAACUGCAGCAGCAGCCACAGCACCAGCAAGAACAGCAGCUACGGCAACAGCAGCAGCAACAGCACCAAUAGCAGCAACAACAGCAACAGCACCAGCAGCAACACCAGCAGCACCAGCGGCACGAACAGCAGCAGCAACAGUCAGCAGCAGCCACAUCACCAGAAACAGCAGCAGAAGCCACAGCAGCAGCAGCAACAGCAGCCACGGCAACAGCAGCAGCAACAGCACCAACACCAGCAACAACAGCAACAGCACCAUCAGCAACACAAGCAGCACCAGCGGCACUAACAGCAGCACAACAGCAACACCAGAAGCAGAAACAACAGCGAAAGCAGCAGCCGCCCCAGCAGCAACAGCAGCAGCAAGACCAGCAGCUGCAACAAUCACAUCAGCAAAACCAGCAGUAA